AUGUCUCUUGGCACACUGACUAAUGAAGAUGUCGACGAGUGCACCUUUGAAGAGAGCUGCAGAAGGGAGCUUGGGAAUGUCUGUGUAAACACAGAGGGAAGCUACAAAUGUGUGUGUCAGCCCGGUUUCAGAGAAGACAAGGCAGCCUGCGUAGAUGUGGACGAGUGUGAUGAGCUGGAACGGGUGUGUGUUAAUCAGGGGGAAUGUAAGAACACAUUUGGAAGCUUUAAGUGUGUUUGUUCGAAUGGAUACCGUGGCAAUGGAACCCACUGCACAGAUGUGAACGAGUGCGUCUCAGGACUUCAUGACUGCAGCGUGAACGCUCGCUGUGGAAAUGUGAUGGGUUCAUAUUUCUGCCAGUGCUAUCAGGGCUACAGUGGAGAUGGUCACUCCUGUGAUGAUAGCGACGAGUGCGCUGUAAACAACGGACUUUGCGAACAUAGCUGCGCCAACAUACCAGGAGGGUACAACUGCCUAUGCAAUGCAGGAUACACACUGGCAGAUGACCUACACACUUGUACAGACGUCGAUGAGUGUGUGAGUGCCAAUACGACAUGCGAGCAACUUUGCAUCAACACACCGGGCUCCUUUAUUUGCUCCUGUCGUACUGGAUAUCAGUUGCACAUUGAUAAACAAAGCUGUGUUGACAUAGACGAAUGCAAACUGCAGAACGGAGGCUGUAGUCAUAUCUGCAUGAACACACCAGGAGGACAUGUAUGCCACUGCCCUCCUCCACUUCUGCUGGACCACCACAGCUCCAACUGCGUCAACACCACUUCCUGCGCAUUAAGGAAUGGCGGCUGUGAUCAGAUAUGUUCACUGGGAGCUGUGGGACGUGUUAAGUGUAGCUGCAGAGAGGGUUGGGAGCUGGCCACUGACCAAAGAAUGUGUCUCGACAUUGACGAGUGUGAGAUGUUUAAUGGGGGGUGCGAACAAGUGUGUGUGAACCAGGCAGGCAGUUAUAACUGCACCUGCAAGCCUGGCUUCGAAUCGUGCCCAGAUGAUCCGACCAAAUGCCAACCGGUGUGUGAGCCGACAUGCCAGAAUUACGGCGUGUGUGUCGCACCUAACACCUGCGACUGCCCUGCUGGCUACCCAGGCCCUGGUUGCUCAGCUAUGUGCUCACCACCCUGUGCUCAUGGUGGCACGUGUAUGCGCUUGAACACUUGUCUGUGUCGCCCCGGAUGGACCGGAGAGGGUUGCCAUACAGCUGUGUGCGAGCUGCCAUGUGGAAACGGUGGUCGGUGUGUAGCUCCUAAUGUCUGCCAGUGUCCUUCGGAUUAUAUCGGCCUGCAGUGUCUUACUCCUCUCUGUACUCCGCCUUGUCUGAAUGGUGGAAGGUGUGUAGAUGUCAACACCUGUAGCUGUCCAGGAUCCUGGCAGGGAGCUCGCUGUCAGAUAGAACCAGUGCUAUGUGUGAAGCCCUGUAACAACGGUGGAGUGUGUGUGGGACUCAACAGGUGUCGAUGCCCCACUGGCUUCACAGGGGACCUCUGUGAAACAGCUGUGAGUAUGCCCUGUGUGCCACCCUGCCAGCAUGGUGGCUCCUGCAGCCCACAUAAUACUUGCACAUGCCCACUAGGGACUGGUGGCCUGCGGUGUGAGAAGCUGACUUGUCCAGUAGUGACCACCAUAGUCAGCAUGGCUCGAGCAGUGCGAAAAGGUUUUAAAGAAAGUUAUGUGGAUCGUUGUGGACCUUUGGGAGUCCUGCUCUGCACUAAGUACAGGAUAAACCAAGCACGUGUGUAUCUACAAGCGUACAGAGUGGGAUACAAGAUCCAGUGUCCAAGUAAAACCGGAAUAUGACCCAGACAUACUGUACACUCACUUACACACAAAUACACACUGUUACAUUCCCUCUGUCUUUUAAACAUAUCUUCAGGACGUGACUUUUUGGAUAGACUUUCAAACAGCAGGUGUUUGUGUGUAUGCUAUUGAAUGUAGACAAGUUAAAUCAAUAAAAAAUUAUGGCGUUUAUAUUAAAUAGGUUAUAAGCCAGGGCUCAUCAAUUAGACUUGACAUGAGAAAGUUUUUUUACAGAGCAAAUACUCUCUGUGCCAAAUCAUUCAGAUAUUACGAUAUUAAAUUUUUUAAAUAAUAAAAAAAGACGUGUUUUUAUAGAACAGCAUUCUUUCACCUCAAUGUUUUUCUCAUAAGCAUGCGUCGAGAGUGUAUUGGCUACACGAUGUCAUCCUUUCACUGGGUAUCAAAUCAUGCAUGUCAUCAAGUGACAAUGAUAUUGUAUUUGUUACAAAUAACUUCAUGCCGCAUCACUUCCUUUGGGCUCUGAGCCCCCAUUCGAGUGAUCCAGGGGUCGGCAGCUGAGCCACAUCGCGUGACUUUCAGACUCGAGUUGAUUUAAGCCUUGGGGUUUUUUUGGGGGUUUUUGGAUGUGCUGCAGGGAAGAAACACUGAUCUGAAUUGAGUUUGUCUGGCACAAUCCAUAAUACCAGACGCAUACAAAACAAAUUGACGAAGUCUCGUUUCUGCAUACCUGGGUUUUUUUUUAGGGUCAAAAAGCUGAAUCAAAGCCCCCCUGUGGUCUCAGAAACGUUGUAUAUGAACUCACACUUAAGGUUCUGAGUCAAUGGUGGGUUGGGCCUUUAAAAGAAUCGCAUGGAGCCCACCAAUGAACAGCAGAAUCUGAAAAAUCAUCAAACACUGAAAAAUUACAAGGGUGUUCUCUUUGACAAAGGCAAGAUCGAAAAGUAGACCCCCACCUUCCAGCAUGGUUCCUGUUCAGAAGCAACAGGAUUUCGUCUUUUACCCAGGAACAGAUGGACACCGAGACAAUGUCUCUUUAGCUUGGACAAAUAGGUUUCACCAUUUCUGGCAUUCAUUCUAAUGGUCUCAUAUGCCAGUGUUUACACAGCACCAGUGUUUUUUAUGUAUUUAUCGUUAUCUUUAAAGCAAACCUUUCUGUGGCAUUGAAAAGUCUGUUACCAAGAAAUAUAUUUUGCAAUGUAGCGCUUCGUAUAGCUAUCCGUCAUUUUGACUGCGAGGGUUCUUGUAUGAAUAAAAACAAAUCUAUCUAAAAA